AUGUCUUUCUUUGGUGUGGUUUCGGGCUCUACUUCAAGAUGCAUCCCAAGAUGUGGCAUACCGUUGUUCCGCUCGCAGUUUACACUGCCAACACAACACGCCGCAUCUCUUGUUCUGGCGCGUUUCAAGUCUGAAUCAGCACGGUCACUUCCAUCGAAGCCAGCUAAACCUGUAUUCAAGCCUACAUCAACAAGUAAUCAACCCAUUCGAAGAAAAGGCAGUCCCAAAGUAGACUCGACAAGGAAGGCAUCGCUUCUGCUCAAUGCGCUGAAAAACUCAAACCAGUCACCUGUACCUAAGACCGUGGUAAAGCCUGCGAGUGAGGCAGCGUCUUCGCCUGCGGCUCAAUCCGUCUCAAAAAGCCCAUCCACUCCAAGGCAUUUCAUGAAAGACAUAAAACGGUCACCAAGCAAAGGGCCAGAAGAUGGGGUGACAAUCACCAUCGAUGCGAAAGAAGCGGCAAUCCAGCGGCGCAUUACUCUCUUGAGGAGAAAGCUUCUCGUCCCUGGAGUAUGGACCCUACUCGCAUUGAGCUUCACCUAUCUCGCACUUGCAUUUCUGGACGUGAAGGCUGGAAUACCAAGCUCCGAUGGCAGCCAUCUUCCGAAACGUGUGCAGCCUCCUCAAACCUGGUACUUGACUCCGACCGUUGUCCUCGAAGGUGUUAAGGCCGGCUGGAAUGAGCUUGACAGUCUCACCAUUGGUAUUGUUAUUGCAACAUUAGCCAUCCAUCUCCUCAAGAGGUCACCGCUGCCCAUCUGGGAAAAUCUCAUCCACAUCACUGGUGAGAAAAAAUGGACGGCGUUCACCUACCCUCUCGUCAACACCAGCUGGGCGCAUGCUGCGACAAACAUGGCCGCACUCGUGUGGUUUCUGCCGGGUGUUGUUCGGUACUUUGAUGGCGAUCUGUUCCAUACGGCAGCCUUUCUAGUCAGUGUACCACUCAUCACAAGCUACCUUGCGCACUUUGCGUAUCGCCUCAACCUCGCCAAUGGGCUAAUAAUGAAUCUGGGUGCUAGCGGUGCUAUUGCUGCUGCCUUGGGUGUCUACUGUGUCGCUUAUGCGGAUGAGAAGAUGUGGUUGCCGCAAGGUCUCAUUCUCAGGCUCGAUACGAUGUACUGGGGUAUGCUCUUUGCAGCCUCGCAAGCCUACAAAAUACUCCAGACCCCUAAGGGAGGUAACAGACCCGCCUAUCUGGUCCAUCUGGCCAGCCUAGGGCUUGGCGCAGCAUAUGCGUAUUUCAAUCUGAAACACCAUCUUUGGAUACCCCUCGUGUCGGAGAUCAGUGCUCGAGCAUCAGAGGCAAGGGUCGAGGUGUGA